CUUUGAAAUAUUACAGAACCAAAAACAAAAAAAAUCUCUUUGAAAUAUUUAUUAAAAAGAUUACAGACUAGUUACAGCUACAGUACAAUUUAAUAUGUGAUUUAACUCGGUAGUCGGUAAACUUUGGUUGAAACUUGAAAGCAUAGUUAUAGCACUUAUACACAGAACACUUUUACUCUAACUAAUGCGGAAUGAUACUUUAGAAUUUAGACUAGGUGAAACUGAAAUUAGAAGAGCUUUUUGUGUUUGUAAGAGUAAAAAACGUUCUUUAGCUAGCCACUUAUCUAAUAUUUUAAAAUGAAUGAAACUACAGCCACUAAUACUAAAAAUGCUCUAAGUAGUAAAAUGUAUUGUGUUUUAUUUCCUGGAAAUGUAAAGAAUGAAGAAAAAGCCAUACAAUGUUUGGGUGGCUUGAGAACAAUUUCACAGAUAUUCUCCCAGUCUUACAAAAAACCUGUUCAUCUGUCUUUUCAACCUGAUAAUCCUUAUGUUAAAAAAAUUGGUGGUGAAAAGAAGCCAGCGUCAGGUGUCUUGUUCAAAGUAAGAAUCAGAAAAAUUAUGAAUGAAGAUAAAACAAUAUUAAAGCGUGAAGUUAUCGAAACUUCAGCAGUAAGUUAUGUUAAAAAUAUAGUUAAGUUUGAUGCUCUGUGUGAUUUUCAAUAUCUUCCAGUUUGUUCAAUGGGUGGAAUGCCUAAAUGCAUUCUAGAUGAUAUUAUUCCACCGGGAUUAAAUGACUACACUAUACUAGAAAAACCAUCACCACUGUUUAUACUACCAGGAGCAUUUACAAGGUUUGAAAAACCUGUUGGCUACUCCUAUACAGACAAAAAGACCUACCUUCAUAAAGACGAUGAUUUAUCAUUAGAUGCUGGUGAUAAGGAUGAUGUUCAUAAAACAAGGAGUGAUAGAAUAAAACCAUCGGCAAGAUGUAAUUUCAAUUUGGAUGAGAUUUUCCCAACUGAACCAAAUGCAUUCUUUACUAAGGCAGCUGGAGAAAAAUCAGCAGCUAGUCCUCAGUUUAAAGCUGAAUAUGAAACUGUUAAAAAGAUGUUUGAAGAUCGUCCGAUAUGGUCCAGCAGUCUGGUCAAGCAUCUCACAAACAUUAAGGAACCAUCUCUGAGAAUGAUAUUUCCGUGCCUGGCGUACUACCUCAAAACAGGUCCUUGGCGACUGUUAUGGGUCCGGUACGGCUAUGAUCCGAGAAAAGAACCAAAUGCGAGAAUCUAUCAAACUUUGGACUUUAGGUUAAGACAUACAGUUCUGUCCCGCGACUCAAGAACAAAUGUAUCAAAGAGGAAGACUGUAACGGAUACCAGUAAUAGUGAAGAUGUCCUUGAAAGCGCUGUAUACUUCGAGCCAGGAACUGUGCCACCACAACGACAAAUAUUCUAUACGUUCUGCGACGUUCAUGUCCCUGAGGUCCAGGAGGUCAUCAACAAGGAGCCCCCCGCGGGCUACUCGUGCCACCCCAAGUGGGGCUGGCUGCCGUCGUACGCCGCGGAGAAGGGUCGCGACACCAUCAUCAAGUACAUCAUGCAGGCCAUCUUGGGAGACAAGCAGGCGGAGAUGAGUUACGAGGAAGGUGAAGGCAGCAGUGACUCUAUAUCUGAGAGUGAAGACGAAGGACUUAAUCAGACAGACGCGUCUGUAUAUGGUGAACAGUGGACUGAGACAAAUGAGAAGAAGAGUGUAGCUUAAGGCAACAGGCCGUUUGUUUUAGUUAUAGUAAUGUGGCUCCGGAUAAGAUUAAGAGGAAUUGAAUAAAAAAUUGUUUAUAAACAAAAAUAA